AUGGAGAAGUGUGACCUUGCAAUUUCCAAAUGGAUGAUUGAUGCUGGUGUGCCAUUUAAUGCUGUUAAUUCAUCAUAUUACCAGCCAAUGAUUGAUGCUAUUUGUAGCAUGGGUUCAGGGUAUAAAGGUCCAAAUUUUUAUAGAGUUCGUGGUCAUUUGUUAAAUAAGUGGGUUGGAGAAGUCAAUAAACUUGUUGAGAGUUAUCGCACUGUUUGGAAGCAAACAGGAUGCACUAUUAUGGCAGAUGGGUGGACUGAUCGUUGUAGGAGAACUCUUAUCAAUUUUCUAGUUUACUGCCCAAAAGGAACUAUUUUUCUCAAGUCGGUUGAUGCUUCUAAUGCUUCUAAAACUGCAGAUUUAUUGUAUAAGCUUUUUAGAGAUGUAGUGUUGCAUGUUGGCCCUGAAAAUGUUGUUCAGAUUGUGACUGAUAAUGCUGCAAAUUAUGUUGCUGCUGGAAGGUUAUUGGAGGCUGAGUUUCCUAAGAUUUUUUGGUCUCCUUGUGCUGCUCAUUGUAUGAAUUUGAUGUUACAUGACAUUGGGAAGCUAGAGGAAGUAAGUGUUGUUGUGUCUCAUGCUGCCACAAUUACCAAAUACAUAUAUAACCAUUGUCAUCCAUUGCAUUUGAUGAGAAAAUAUACAAGUGGAAGGGAAAUUCUUCGUCCAGCUCCUACUCGUUUUGCCACUAAUUUUAUUGCAUUACAAAGCAUAUUGGCUCAAAAAGAUGCAUUAAGGGCUAUGGUAACUUCUAGAGAUUGGACAAGCUCAACUUAUUCUAAGGAGGCCAAGGCAAAAAAAUUUGUGGAACAAGUUUUAGAUUCUAAUUUUUGGAAACAAUGUGCUGAGAUUGUGAAGCUUACUGAGCCACUUAUUCGUGUGUUACGUAUUGUUGACAGUGAAAACAAACCUGCAUUGGGUUUUCUUUAUCAAGCUAUAUUUAAAGCUAGAGAGGAGAUGAUAAAGAGAUUUCAAAGAAACAAGAAGAAGGUGGAACCUUACUUGAAAAUCUUAGAUCGUCGUUGGGAUUCACAGCUUCGCAAAAAUCUUCAUGCUGCUGGUUAUUGGUUGAAUCCAGGUUGUCGUUACAAUGAUGAAGAAUUUGAAAAACAUAAGUUCACAACAUCAGGCCUUUUGGAUGUCAUUGAGAAAUAUGCUUAUGGGGAUCCUGAUUUAAAUUCUAAGUUGACAAGUGAGAUGAGAAUAUUCAAAAAUGCUGAGUUAGAUUUUGGAAGGCCAUCUGCUACACGCGAACGAAAUACCGUGAUGCCAGAUCAAUGGUGGGAAUCUUAUGGAUGUGGUGCACCAAAUUUGCAAAAAUUGGCUAUUCGUGUUUUAAGUCAAACAUGUAGUGCUUCGGGUUGUGAACGCAAUUGGAGUGCAUUUGAACAUAUUCAUUCGAAUAAGAGAAAUAGAUUAGAGCACCAAAAGCUUAAUGAUCUUGUCUAUGUCCAUUACAACUUGAGGCUGGCACAAAGGAAUCGAUUGAAGAAUCAAAACUAUGAUCCAAUAAAUUUUGAAACAUUUGAGGACCAUUCUAAUUGGGUACUAGAGGAUUCACCACCAUACUUAACAGCUGAAGAAAUGGAAACCUUACGGAAUGAGCUUGCAAAUAUGUCCAUUCAACCAACUCUAGAUGAUAAUGAUCAAUUAAAUUUGGAUGAUAAUGAUGAAGAUGAGGCACAAGACAACACCAUGGAAAAUGAAAAUCAAACUGAAGGCAAUGUUGGUCAAGCUUUGGAUUUAUUUGAUGAAGGAGGAGAGGAUGAAUUAAUUGACACAACUUUGCCUCCGUGGGCAUAA